AUGCUGUUUCCCGUCGAAACACUGACAAUUGUCUACAUGUUGGGUGUUUUUGCCCUCCUCAAGACUUUCUACAAUCUCUAUUUGCACCCAUUACGAUCCUAUCCUGGUCCGUGGCUAGCACGCGCCUCCCGCUGGUACUAUUCGUACUAUCUCAAGAGAGGUAUUCUCCCGCAAAAGACCAAGGAAUGGCAUGAUCGCUAUGGACCUUGCGUGCGAAUCGCCCCAGAUGAGCUAUCGUACAAUACGGCGGAGGCAUGGGAAGAUAUUUGCGGGCAUCGGACUGGGGAGCGAACAGAAAGCUUUGAGAAAGAUCUGACAUUUUUUCCGCCGGCUCCGAAUGGAGUAGACUCCAUUGUAACAGUACAUCGCCGCUUUCGACGACUGCUCUCCCAUCCCAUGUCCGAUAAGGCGCUCAAUAGCCAGCAGGAUAUUAUUGGGGGCUACGUGGACCAGCUCAUACACGAGCUGCGCCGUCGUUGUGACGAGCCGGGCGUUGUCGACAUGGUCCGCUGGUUCAAUUUCACUUCAUUUGAUAUUCUCGGCGACCUGGCGUUUGGCGAGUCAUUCGGCUGUCUGGGCAGCGGGGUCAUGCAUCCGUGGAUAGAGUUGAUAUUUACCUCGAUCAAGUCCGUCAUGGACAUGCAGAUCAUCAGACGCGUUCCUGGGCUUUUCACCCUCAUCCUCACCGUGGCGGGACUACGGCAGAACCAGGACUUACAGGACCAAUUCAUGUUCUGUCAAAAGAAAGCGCGCGAGCGAUGUUCAAAGGAAACCUCUCGUCCCGACUUUAUGACUUACAUUCUCCGUGCCACAGAGGAAAAAGGCAUGACGCAGGAGGAGAUUGAGGCCAACGCACAGAUUCUUAUUAUGGCAGGCAGUGAGACCACCGCGUCUGCUCUGUCGGGGACGCUGUAUUGUCUCCUUAAAAACCCCAGUGCGUUGCAGAAGCUGAGAGCCGAGAUCCAUGCCGCAUUCCAACAUGAAUCGGACAUCACCAUGCGUGCCCUACAGGGUCUGGAGUACCUGAACGCCGUGCUACAGGAGUCGAUGCGUGUGUACCCCCCCGUUCCCUGUACAUUUCCGCGUACAACACCCCGCGGUGGCGCCAUGGUCUGCAAUCGCUUCGUCCCUGCGGGUUAUAUCGUCGGCGUCAAUCAAUUGGCAGCCCUGACAUCGGCGCAAAAUUUUGCACGUCCACUUCAGUUUGCGCCGGAGCGGUGGCUGGGCGAUGAGCAGUACCAGCACGAUAUACGCAAGGCGUACCAGCCGUUCUCCUACGGUCCCCGGAACUGUCUCGGGAAGAACCUGGCGUAUGCCGAGAUGCGCCUAGUUCUGACACGGCUUUUGUGGAACUUUGACUUGGAACUGAUGCCAGAGUCAGAAGACUGGCAUUCUCAGCAGAAGAUAUGGAUGAUGUGGGAUAAGGGCCCACUGAACGUGCGUAUCCGGCGGUUGCGGCCAUAA